GAAAUCUCUGCGCACAUGUCUGGUGCCAGAAUUUCUCUCAAUUCACUCCUAAACACAUUUAUAAUACAUUUCUCAACCACCCGAAGCACUUCUAACAACAACACCAUCCUUUAUAAAGACAUUUCCAAUAUCAGAUGACAUUGGCAUAACUGAAGACACAUUCUCAUUAUUUAUCAGCUUUUAAAGACCAAAAUAUUGUACAGAACAGAUGUAUAAGAUUGUUUCUGAAAAUGUGUCGUAGAAUUCCACUUUGAAAUGUGUUCUUAGCAAACUUUCUGGACUUCACUGGCUGGAGUGUCUACAAGAUGAGUCUGUGUGGAAAUUAAACUUGGAUAAGUUUACUAGAGAGUAUUCAGACGAAAGUAACGCUGGACAGAAAUACAGCAGUUGAAAUAUUUGUAAACAAAACAGUGUAGAAGCAAAGAGAAGGAAAAAAUAUAUCUAUUGUAAUUUUGAAAGAAAAAAUAUGGAGAAGAGUGAGAAAGCAAAGGAUUUGACUUUUCCAGAAGAAAAAGCAAAGAGGAGACUGAAAUUAUCACAUAAUUGUAAUGUCUGUAAAAAGUCUUUCUCUCAAAAGGGCAGCUUGAAUAAGCACAAACGUAUUCAUACAGGAGAGAAGCCAUUUCACUGUGACGUCUGUGGUAAAUCAUUUUCUGUAAGUAGUAACUUGACCACACACCAACGUAUUCAUACGGGCGAAAAGCCAUUUCACUGUGAAAUCUGUGGUAAAUCGUUCUCUCAAAGUAGCAACUUAGCUACUCAUAAACGUUACCAUACAGGAGAGAAGCCAUACCACUGUGAUAUCUGUGGUAAAUCAUUCUUUCACCUUUGCAACUUAGCUACUCAUAAACGUUACCAUACAGGAGAGAAACCAUACCACUGUGAUAUCUGUGGUAAAUCAUUCUGUACAAGUUCCGAAUUGCUCGUACACAAACGUAUUCAUACAGGAGAGAAGCCCUUUCACUGUGAUGUCUGUGGUACAGCAUUCUCUAACCUUAGUGCUUUAAAUUCACACACGAUUGUUCAUACAGGGGAAAAGCGAUUUCGCUGUGACAUUUGUGGUAAAUCAUUCUCCCGAAAUGACAACUUAGCUACCCAUAAACGUUUCCAUACAGGAGAGAAGCCAUACCACUGUGAUAUCUGUGGUAAAUCAUUCUGUACAAGUUCCGAUUUGCUUGUACACAAACGUAUUCAUACAGGAGAGAAGCCCUUUCACUGUGAUGUCUGUGGUAUAUCAUUCUCUCAACAGAGUGCUUUAAAUUACCACACGAUUGUUCAUACAGGGGAAAAGCGAUUUCGCUGUGACAUUUGUGGUAAAUCAUUCUCUGCAAAUGACAAAUUGACUCGACACAAACAUAUUCAUACUGGAGAGAAGCCAUUUCGCUGUGACAUUUGUGGUAAAACAUUCUCUGCAAAUGACAGUUUGACUAGACACAAACCUUUCAAGUUUUUACGAUAUGAUUGUUUGUAUUUAGAAUGA